GGCCCAGUCACGACUGCGCUCCGCUGUGUUCCGGAAGUGCGGCCAGUGACAGCUUCGGGUGCCCUUGUUUGGCAGGGGGGCUGGAUGUGAGGGAGCUGGAGCUGCUCCCCGGUCACACAGAAUGUUGCGGGCCGCCUGCAUUGUGUGCAGAGGGCUGACGAAUAAACAUGUGGUAAAAGAAGCCAAGUCCCCAUUCCAGAAGCUUUCUGCUCACACAGAUCAUCGCUUUCCAAGAGUGAACAUUCGGCGGCCUUUACCCAGUUCCUCAGGACGAUGCUACUCUUCCUUGUCUCGCCUCCCGCUACAGAGGAGCAGGCUUUUACCUGUCAGUCUGGCUUAUCAGACUCAGCGCAACUUCUGGGUAGCUAGGCUGGCAGCUAGGCUUUUAAAGCUCCGCUACCUUGUGUUAGGAUCGGCUGUGGGUGGCGGAUAUACCGCUAAAAAGACGUACGACCAGUGGAGAGAGAUGUUCCCGGAUCUCAGUGAAUACAAAUGGAUUGUGCCGGAUUUUGUAUGGGACUUGGAUGAGCAUAUUAAUUUUGAUAAGCUGAGUAAAGCUCUUCCGGAUUCUGAGCAGCUGGCGAAGCUUUUGCCGGACUUUGAGAAGCUAGGAGAAAGCUUUAGCUUGCUAAAGGAAUGGCUGUCAUCAGGUCACAAUUUGGUUAGUGAAGUCAUAGGACCUUCUGAUCUGCUUCUGUUGUUAGAUAAGCUGAGUAAAGCUCUUCCGGAUUCUGAGCAGCUGGCAAAGCUUUUGCCGGACUAUGAGAAGCUGGGAGAAAGCUUUAGCUUGCUAAAGGAAUGGCUGUCAUCAGAUAAGCUGAGUAAAGCUCUUCCGGAUUCUGAGCAGCUGGCAAAGCUUUUGCCGGACUAUGAGAAGCUAGGAGAAAGCUUUAGCUUGCUAAAGGAAUGGCUGUCAUCAGGUCACAAUUUGGUUAGUGAAGUCAUAGGACCUUCUGAUCUGCUUCUGUUGUUAGGCCCUGGAGGUGAGACCGCUUUCAAAGCUACUGACGACCAGAGUUUUGAAAGCUCUGACAAGCAAUACAAGAAGGGUUUGCUUGGUGAACUCAUUCUUUUACAAGAGCAGCUCAAGCAGCAUGAAGAGGAGGCACGCAGGGCAGCUGGAAACAUUAACACGGGCAGCACACAGCAGAAGCGCAAGGCUACAGACAAGGAGAAAGUUGAUCAAAUGCAGGAAGAACUUUUGCAAACCCAGUUAAAGUACCAACGAAUUCUUGAACGUCUUGAGAAAGAAAACAAAGAUCUGCGGAAAUUGUUGCUUCAAAGGGAUGAUAAAGGCAUUCAUCACAGGAAUCUCAAGAAAUCCCUGAUUGAUAUGUAUUCUGAGGUGCUAGACAUCCUGUCUGACUACGACGUCAACUAUAACACUCAAGACCACUUACCAAGGGUCAUUGUGGUUGGUGACCAAAGCGCAGGGAAGACCAGUGUUCUUGAAAUGAUAGCACAAGCUCGAAUCUUCCCUCGAGGAUCUGGUGAGAUGAUGACUCGUUCUCCAGUUAAGGUCACCUUAAGUGAAGGUCCCCACCAUGUUGCCAUAUUUAAAGAUAGCUCUCGGGAGUUUGAUCUCACCAAAGAGUCUGAUCUUGCCGCUCUGAGGGAUGAAAUAGAGGUGCGAAUGAGGAAGAGUGUCAAGAACGGUCAAACAGUCAGCCCCGAGACCAUAUCACUCAGUGUAAAGGGCCCUGGAAUACAGAGGAUGGUGCUUGUUGACCUACCAGGCGUGAUUAGUACUGUAACAUCUGGCAUGGCCCCCGAUACCAAGGAAACUAUUUUCAGUAUCAGUAAAGCUUAUAUGCAGAACCCAAAUGCCAUCAUCCUUUGUAUACAAGAUGGCUCUGUUGAUGCAGAGCGGAGUAUUGUCACCGAUCUUGUAAGUCAAAUGGAUCCUCAAGGCAGGCGAACUAUCUUUGUUCUAACAAAAGUAGAUCUGGCUGAGAAAAACGUAGCCAGCCCCAAUCGAAUCCAGCAAAUAAUUGAAGGCAAACUCUUCCCAAUGAAAGCUCUGGGAUAUUUUGCUGUUGUAACCGGGAAAGGCAACUCCAGUGAAAGCAUUGAUUCCAUUAAAGACUAUGAAGAGGAAUUCUUUCAAGGUUCAAGUCUUUUGAAGAAAGGGAUGCUUAAGGCUCAUCAGGUGACUACCAAGAAUUUAAGUCUUGCAGUUUCUGAUUGUUUUUGGAAAAUGGUCCGUGCAUCAAUCGAGCAGCAAGCUGAUGCUUUCAAAGCUACUCGCUUUAACCUUGAGACAGAGUGGAAGAAUAACUAUCCCCGUUUACGGGAACUUGACAGGAAUGAACUGUUUGAAAAAGCCAAAAAUGAAAUCCUUGAUGAAGUAAUAAGCCUCACCCAAGUCACUCCAAAGCACUGGGAAGAGAUUCUUCAGAAGACACUAUGGGACAGAGUGUCCACCCAUGUGAUUGAGAACAUCUAUCUUCCCGCAGCACAGACCAUGAACUCAGGAACCUUUAAUACCACAGUAGAUAUCAGGCUGAAGCAGUGGACUGACAAGCAACUGCCUAAUAAAGCGGUGGAGGUGGCGUGGGAAACCCUUCAGCAGGAAUUCUCCCGCUUCAUGACUGAACAGAAAGGCAAAGAACAUGAUGACAUAUUUGACAAGUUAAAGGAGGCAGUGAAAGAAGAGAGCAUCAAGAGACAUAAAUGGAACGAGCAAGCAGAGGAUAGUUUGAGGGUUAUCCAGCACAAUGCUUUAGAAGACCGUUCAAUCUCAGACAAACAACAGUGGGAUGCUGCAAUUCAUUUUAUGGAGGAUACCUUGAAAAGUCGUUUGAAUGAUACUGAAUCUGUCAUUCGGGAUAUGGUGGGUCCUGACUGGAGAGAGAGAUGGUUUUCUUGGAUUUCUCGAAAUUCUGAACAGCAUACACGAAAUGAAACAAAAAAUGAACUUGAAAAGAUGCUGAAGGUAAAUGAAGACCAUCCUGCCUAUCUUGCCAGUGAUGAAGUCACCACUGUAAGAAAGAAUUUAGAAACCCGGGGCAUAGAAGUGGAUCCAGUUUUGAUCAAAGAUACCUGGCACCAAGUUUACAGAAGACAUUUCUUAAAUACUGCUCUUGGCCACUGUAAUCUGUGUAGGAGAGGAUUCUAUUACUAUCAGAGACAUUUUGUAGACUCUGAGUUGGAGUGCAAUGAUGUUGUCCUUUUCUGGAGAAUACAGCGGAUGUUGGGAAUUACAGCAAACACUUUGAGGCAACAGCUAACAAAUUCAGAAGUAAGACGUUUAGAGAAGAAUGUAAAGGAAGUCUUGGAAGAUUUUGCUGAAGACGGUGAUAAAAAAGUUAACCUGCUAACCGGAAAGAGGGUCCAACUAGCAGAAGAUCUUAAAAAAGUACGAGAAAUCCAGGAAAAACUUGAAGCCUUUAUCGAAGCCCUUCAUCAAGAAAAGUAGCGUGAAUAGGUAACAGGUUAUGAAUUUGCAGAAAAUAAAUAAAUCUUGGUGUUCAUGAAUUUCCGGCUUAAAGCUGCCUUCUGACGCAGUGUCUCCUAUAUCAGACAUUGCUCCAGGAUGAAGAAGAAAGCCCUUGUCUUGGGUUUCUAUGAAAGACUGGCUACUUGAAGACUUGUCGUGUUUAUAGGAGUCUCCAGCGAAGACAUGUCUACCUGUUGCUGCAGUUUUGUGUUUGUGCUGUACCUUUAUCACGUUUUUACUCGAGCAAGAAAUCUGGGCAUAACUCACCAUUUUAUCAUUUGUAUAUAGCCUUAUCUACCUUCUUUUCCUUCCACGAUACAGACUGCAUGUUAAUGGUAUCUCCGCUUUCAUAUGAAAUGAGCUCAGCAGCAUAAGUAAUGCUAUACUCAGAAUGAAUUGAAGGCUUCAGCUAUGCUGAGAGACUAAAUGUUCAAAUUAACUUAUUGGGUACUGAGUUGUACUCCCCUACACUUGUUUAUAGCCCAAAAAAAAUAAAAGAUUAAAUGUGUUUUGGGCAAAAUUUGCCGAAUAACUGAA